AUGGACAUAAUACUGCGGAAAUAUGCAGCCUUCGGUUGGACAAACAUAUGGCCUGAUGAAGCUCCUGAACUCAUCCCUCAAGGAGCACUGCAACAGAUCGGCGGCCAGGGGUCCCUCAUUAUCGACCUUGGUAAUUCUUCAAGAGGAAAGUUCACUCCAGAUUAUGUCCUCGAGAACGGCAUAUUUCCAAUAGGCUGGUCUGCGCACGAUUACGAUGACCACCCACGUCUGGCUGUUGGCGCAAUGCCAAUGGGUGGGGAUCCGGCACUGAGAUACAUUCAUACCACCGGGUGCAUAGGGAUGCCGCAAGCAUCAUGGAUUGGGUUCCUGACAACAAAACUUAGACAUUGGGAAUAUCUUGAGAUCAUAAAGAUGGAUCCCGACGCAAGGCCAGAUUGCUUCUUCUUGCCCAACCGACCCACCUUGGGCAACUGGUGUGACUGUCUCACAUAUAUCCAAUUUUACAUGAUGUCUACGUGGGAUUAUGCGGAUGAACAUAUACCCACAUGGUUUAGAGAAUGGAGGAAACAAGAGACGACACUGGCGCUGCUGCCUCCGGCUCCAGACUACAGAACCGCGGUGCAGCAGACCACUUAG